ACCACCCCGGCCCAAGGUUUCUGCUUCUGGCUCCUGCUCUGGGCUCUGUUUUGCCCUGGUGCCCUGCCCACCCGCAGAGGAAAGCAAACCUUUCCCCAGGCCAUACGGAAGGAGAACUGAACAUGGCAGGGGCCCUGUCGGACCGGUGAUAACAGGCUGAUUGGCUCCCUGGAAGUGACCAGGCUUGAGACAGACAGUGAAGUGGAUGGAUCAGUCCUGGUGGGAUCUGAUCAGAGACAGCACCUUUCUGUCACCUUUCUUGGUGACUCAUUUGGAACUGUGGACUCUGCGGCGCCCUUUGGCUUGCAGGCUGUGUCACAGACUAGUUUCCUUCCUGGAGGGAGGGCUCGCUGGUGUUUCAAGGCCCCACCUCCCAGUGCCGUGACAUUGAGGAUUAAGCUUCCAACACCUGCUCUUUACGGGACACAUUCAAACCACAGCAGGCCCCCAGAAGCUGUCCUCACUUCAGGCAAACAGCUCAAGACACAGGGCAUCCAGACCGGCCAGUGGUGGCCCAGGCUGCUUGUUGGGGCAGCGAGAGGUCAUCCAGAUAGAAUACAAAGUGAUGCCAGUGGAGUGUCCGAGGGAGGUAGCAAGUCCAGACAAUGGCCUUCAGUGACCACUGACCUUGUAAGAAGACAGCCAGGCGUUACUCGCCACCCGGGGAAAGCAGCCAUCACACUCCCAAAGCAUUCUUAUCUGAUGAGGCUUCUGUCCUGAACCACCAAGCCGUAGAAAAUACAGGGUUCCCAGAAAUAUAGUCAGUAACAACACAGGGACGAAACCAGCAAAUCCAGACCGGAGCCGGGCAAGGCAGCCUGAUUCCUCCCACGAGUCAACUGCACAGAGAAGAAAAAAAUCUGUGUCUAUACUGCGGUUUGCAAAGGCCAUGGCGGAGGCGCAAGGGAGCCCCGGGCCCUGGGCCGCCCCUGACCAGCCCUGUGUGUUCAAGCUGGUUCUCCUGGGCAGUGGCUCUGUGGGCAAGUCCAGCUUGGCCCUGCGGUACGUGAAGGAUGACUUCAGGAGCAUCCUGCCCACUGUGGGAUGUGCGUUCUUCACGAAGGUGGUGGAGUUGGGAGUCUCGUCUCUGAAGCUGGAGAUCUGGGACACAGCUGGCCAGGAAAAGUACCACAGCGUCUGCCACCUCUACUUCAGGGGUGCCAACGCCGCGCUCCUGGUGUAUGACAUCACCAGGAAGGAUUCCUUCCACAAGGCGCAGCAGUGGUUGCAGGACCUGGAGAAGGAGUUCCCCCCGGGGGAGGUCGUGGUCAUGCUGGUCGGCAACAAGACGGACCUCAGUGAGGAGCGGGAGGUCACCUUCGAGGAGGGGCAGGAGUUUGCUGAGAGCAAAAGGUUGCUGUUCAUGGAAACCUCUGCCAAACUGAACCACCAGGUGUCUGAGGUCUUCAGUGCCGUAGCCCGAGAGCUCUUGCGGAGACGCAAAAGGGAGGGCCCGGCUCAGGCCAGGGACGCAGCUGUGGCUCUGAGCGGGGGACCCAUGAGGCAGGUCAGAUGCUGUACCCACUAGAAGCAGCUACUGCAGGAGGGACUGUGGUGAGGACGCUCCCGGCUGGCUGUGAUCCUCAGUCACUGGUGUUCCUGAGCCCAGAAGGUUCCCAGAAGUUGGCAUCCUUUAUAAAGACCACUUCACAAAUCCAGUGACAAUGUCUUAGGAGGAUCCAGGCCAAGUGACUCCCAGAAGAAUGUUGGCCUGGACACCACCUGAUUCCAGAUGCCUGUGUCUGCACUAUCUGUAUUGUCACACUCUGGGCUGCCUCACCCUUGGACAGAGAGGAAUUAAACGGGGCAGAGAAGCAAGGAUUGGAAAAACAUUUUGAUUGCCCUGAUGGUUGCAAGAUGCUUCUACCUGGCUUGGACGGCGUGCUGGCCCAGUGGCUGGGCCCACCUGCUUCUGGGAGGUGGGAGAGGUGGAACAAGCCCCUUCCACUCUCUCCUUUUGGCUGCACAUUUGAUAAAGCAAAGUUUCUGCCAACGCUCAUGAAGAUUCGGAGGCUUAGCCUGAGAUGCAAAUUGUAUCACUUAUGCAUUUUUAUUUGUCUGAAAUUUUAACUGCUUUUGACAAUCAGGCUUUGGUGUGUUUUCAAGGACAAGGUGGAGGACAGAGCCUAAGGGUUGGUGUGACCACAGGUGUCCUUGUAUUUAUUCUAGGAGGGCUUGUUCUCAGAAAACAAGGAGGUGGCCCUCCUGCAAAGGCUGUGGAAAGGGUGGGCAUGGCCACCUCCCUGGAAGGCACCUGUUCCCAGAUGGUGAUGCACCUCACCAUUGUGACUGCCAGCCUUUACAGAGAAACCUAGAUCCCUCUUCGUGGGAUAGGGGUGAGCUCCCUGAGAGGGGUGACUCUAGUCACCUGACGUGACAAGGUGCAGGCCUUUCACAGCUGUUUCAAAGGUGGCCUUUUCUUGGAAGGUUCUUGCCUCUGGGGCUGGGAUCAGCAGGUGUGAGUUGCACAGGGUAAGACAGACGUUGUCACCUGAGCAGUGCAGCUGCGCCUGUCCCUGUGAGCACGAGCAGAGGGGAACCGAGUGCCCCUCCCAUUGUCCCAUCUCAUCAUCACUCCCAAGAGGGCUGUGCAGCCUGCUCCCCCCUGCCGGCCCUCUGCUCUGGCCCUUGUGUGGAGAGCACCUUCCCAGCCACCAGGCUUGACCUCUGGGAGCCUCAGCUUGCUGAAUUCUGCCUGGUGAGGCCACUGAGGAUGGCCCUGUGCUGGCCCCAGGCCACCCCCCACCUCCAUCGGGCCUGGCCUCCUCUGCAUCCCAACUGCAGGUGGUAACAUCCUUUCUAAAGAGCCUCCAGGGUCCUUUUCCUGACUGGAGGGGGCAUCUGUGCCUUUUGGGCCCUGGGGGACCCGGCUUCUGCUCUGGGUAGGUGAAAGCAGCUCUAGUCUUCCUGAGAGUGAGGCUUUCCUGGUGCUUAUGUGACCUCAAAGAAACUUCCCAAAUGGCCUUUAUGGGAUAAACACAGACCAGAUCUCACAAGGCUCUUUAUUGCCACGGUCUUUGAGGAAAGGUAAGGGUAAAUAAAGAAAGUAACAGCUUCUGA